AUGAAAUGGGUUUACGGGUGCAUCUCUGUGUUAGCCAUCUGCCUCUUAUAUUUUCGCCCAUACUUCCAACGCAAUCCUGCAAACGACUUUGUUAAAUGGACAUUAAAGAAGUCCAACUACACCCUAGAAACUCACAGGUUCGAGAACUGUACAUGGUCAACAUGUUUACGUUUUCAACAUUGCAUGCUCAACUACACCUCACUUUCCGUGUAUAUACAACCCCUACUUGCUAUUGUUGACGAGAACGACAAUGUGAUAACGCCAGUCCCAUCCCAGGAGUUUCUCACAAUACGGUCAUCACUUAAAUCCUAUGCUGUAUCGGAUCCGCAGCAAGCCUGUAUGUUCUUUCCUGGCGUUGAUUUUUUGAAUCUGUAUCGUUUCCCAAGCAUCGAGGUGGCCCACGCGGUGGCAGCUAUGCUAAGUGAUAGAUUUUACAAUGUCCUUAUCUUUACUUUGAUUGGGCAAUGGAGGCAUGCUUUCCGCCAAAUCGUGGCCAGCAGCGUCACUUCGCGACACACAUACCGCCAUCGAUUAGAUAUAUCAUUGCCGUCAUUUCCUGGUUUUUUGGCUCCUCGGAAAAAGAGCGCAGUUGUGCGCUACGAUCUUCUUGUACUAGCAAUGAACGCGUCAGCUUCUUACAAAGAGGAUUGCCUGAAAGAGUUUGAUGGUUUUGAGAGUGCAACAGUAUUGACCGAUUGUCUCGAUUCGCCUUGGUUCACAUGUGACACUGCAGGAAUCCAAAUUGAUUGGUUGGAAGCAUUACAGGGUUCGAAAUUCGUCCUUAUACACCAGGAAAUGCCGCUAUUCAAAACCGCUCUGUUCAAGGCUAUGGAAUUUUCUGUAAUUCCUGUAAUAUUCAUGCCAAAAUACGUGCUUCCAUUUUCCGAUUACAUCGAUUGGAAUGUGUUCUCACUGCAGCCGUCGAGUCUUUCGCAAGUUCGUGAUGUGAUCAAAGCAAUUGAUGAUGUUAGAGCACAAACAAUGAGGAACCAGUUGAGAGCUGUUUUCUCGGACUUUUCUUCCCUUAAAAGAAUAGUCGCUAUGACUUGGCGAGUAUUGGAAGCACGUAUGCUUCCUUUGAAGGCACGGAAAUACGAGUACUGGAACAAACUGACGGAUAGGAUGUUCACCCUUCCGCACUUCGAACCUGCAACAAAAGUAAUGCUUUUGGCACAUUGUGAUAUGCAAUCCGCUAAGUACAUCGUCGAACUGAUACGACACCUAGAAUCAGCUGAGCUUCUUUCUACCGCUACGAUCAUCUGGCGAGAUGAGGAAAGCUCUCCAUCUAAAGAAAUGUGGGAGAAUUCCUUACCUGUGGAAAUAAUCACUGGUGCGAAGAAGCUGAGAGAUCUGAUACCUCUAGUGAAAAGAAGUAGAAUAGAUGCUGUGCUGAUCGUUCCUGUAGCAUUGUGUCACCUGGAUGUGGGUAUCAUACGAAAGGCUUUGAAUAUUUGGCGUGUGGUACCAAAUCGCUCUAUCACUUUGCCAUGCAAAUCCUCGGAUUUCUCCGCUAAUCUUCUACAUAAGAUGUUGUUCACCUCCAUUCUUUCUGGCAGUCACAAAGAUGCAGACUUGGAUACUCCUUUUGAUUUUCUCAAUGAAGCUAGCGGUAGUAUACUUCUAGUCACUCGAGAUCAGCUCGAUGCCUCUACCUCUGCUCAAACGCGGUCGACGAAAACUGAGUGUGUGAUUCUUCACUCGCUAAAAAUGCGAGCAUCCCAAUCGACUCUAAACGCCGUUGGAGUAAUUUAUUUUGUGCUUAUCGCCAUUUUCUUCUAUCAGUCCAAUGGAUUCGUCAAGUUCUACAAUGCCAUGUAUCCGGUGUGGAAAGUAAUCCCGAUUGUGUUCUUGGGACUUUUCGCGGCCAUUGAUGGAGGUGGUUUACCGCCAGGGAAACGUGCAGCACUCACUCUCGGGCUGAUUUUUGGCGGCAUUGGUGAUGUUCUAAUCGGCAGUAGUAAGGAAGGUUUGCCACCUGGAGGUGUUGCAUUCGCUGUGGGACAUCUGUUCUACAUGUCUUUCUUCAUUUCACGUCCGCUGAAAAUCUACUGGCCGCUUUUGUACUUCGUUGCAGCUUGGGCAGCAGUAUUAGGAACGGUGGUCUACUUUUUACGAGACCCAUUCGAUGUUUUCAUUGGUUCCAUUUACUCAUUGAUCCUCAAAACAUGUGUCGUUACCACUGCUUCACACUAUAUAAAUCGGGAUGCGGGUGAUAAAGAUGAGGGUCUUUACUUGCGAUUUCUCGGCUACAUGUUAUUCUACGUGUCGGAUUCAGUGCUUAUCUGGGAUGACACAGCAUUCAAAGUUCCACUAGCUGAAUUGAUAAUUUUGAGCACAUACUAUGCAGCGCAGUAUCUCAUUUUGUGCGGGAAUAUCCAUACAGGUCUUUACGUGAAGAGCAAGGAAACUUAAUUUGUGUCUGUAUAAGUCGAUAUUGUGUUCCUUUUUUGAGACUAGGAAGGCCUUGACUUUUCUUUAAUGGACUUAUAAUGCGUGUACGGUAUGAAUUUGUAUUGUAACUGUCCAAUGAACAUGACAAACCAUUUUC